CGCAGCCUCGGAAGAACGCGUUGCGAGGAGAGACGUAGCAAUGGGGAGGAGACCUGCAAGGUGUUAUCGCCAGAUUAAAAACAAGCCAUAUCCCAAGUCACGCUUCUGCCGUGGUGUUCCUGAUCCUAAGAUCAGAAUUUAUGAUGUUGGUAUGAAGAAGAAAGGUGUUGAUGAGUUUCCUUUCUGCGUUCAUCUGGUGAGCUGGGAGAAGGAAAAUGUUUCAAGUGAAGCAUUGGAAGCUGCUAGGAUUGCCUGCAACAAAUAUAUGUCGAAAUUUGCUGGAAAGGAUGCAUUCCACUUGAGAGUCAGGGUACAUCCAUUCCAUGUUCUUAGGAUUAACAAGAUGCUUUCAUGUGCUGGAGCUGACAGGCUUCAGACAGGGAUGAGAGGUGCAUUUGGUAAGCCACAAGGCACAUGUGCUAGAGUGGCCAUUGGUCAGGUCCUUCUGUCUGUCCGCUGUAAGGACAGCAACAGCCAUCAUGCACAGGAGGCGCUACGCCGUGCUAAGUUUAAGUUUCCUGGUCGUCAGAAGAUAAUAGUUAGCAGGAAAUGGGGUUUCACCAAGUUUAACCGUACUGAUUAUCUUAAGUUCAAGUCGGCGAACCGGAUUAUGCCUGAUGGUGUGAAUGCAAAGCUUCUUGGGUGCCAUGGACCGUUGGCAAACCGUGCACCUGGAAGAGCUUUUAUAAAUAGCGCUACUGCUUAGCGGUCUGGCACUCUGAAAUAGUAGACUUUGACCACAGUAGUUGCGCAAGACUGAAUUUGAUAGUUCUAUUUGUUUUGCUCGUAGUAUUAAACAAUAUUGAGUUAAUGUCCGGAUUUGCGGACCACCUUGAAUGGAAUGAAUGCCAUGUUUUGGUGGGAUCCCCUUGUCAUUGAUGGUUUUGUUUGGCCUUCGAUAGUAGCUUAUUUACUCAUUUGUUCAGUUAAUUUUGGGUUAUUGGACCUGUUUAAUAUCCCUAUGUUUCUCUUUUUAUUGGACCUGUUUAAUAUCUCUAUGUUUCUCUUUUUAUUCGUCC